CAUCUGACGUGUCGAAGAGAUAAAACUUUAAAAUUUACGGCGAUGAUGUCCAUAUGUUUCUAAAAAUACAUGGGACCUAAUGAUUUUAACCACAGUGAGAUAGUCAUGAAGAACUAUUUGUCUUUUUAAGGUUAUCUUUUGAUUUAGAACAAUUCACUGCAAAAUAAAAAUUUAAUCAAAGUUUAAAAAAAAACACGACAAAAUGAGGAGGGCAAAUAUAGGAAAUGAACAACAGGGAUAUAUGCCCACAACACAAAUGUUAGAUGAUGAGAGCCAAAAAAUAGAAGAUCAGCUUUCAUCUAAAGUGUCGACUUUACGUUCUUUGACAAUAGACAUAGGAAACGAGGUGCGCAGUCAGAAUAAAAUGUUGUUGGACAUGGACAAUGAUUUUGAUAAAUCUGGCGGACUUCUCUCCUCUUCAAUGUCAAGGUUAAAAGCCAUCGCGAAGGCCGGAGGACAUAAAUUCAUCUGCUAUAUUCUAAUGUUCGCACUGUUUGUGUUUUUUGUGUGUUACAUGAUAGUUAAAUUCAGAUAAUGGAAACUGGAUCAAGGCUGAAAAUGAUUUGAUUUGACCACUCUGAUGAAUAUUCAGAUUUGAGGGCUGAGAAUACAUGCCAACCACCCUACAGCUAGUCAAAAGUGGCACUAAAAUAUCGAUCUUGAAUCUUAGAUUUUCAUCAAUUAUACCAAAAUUGUUGAAUUAGGAAGAAUGAUUAUUGACAUCAAUAUCAUUUCUUUCGUAACAUUGUGAAAAAUAAUAAGUAUUAAUACUAAAUAUCUUGAAGGGUAUUUUGAUUAGUUUGGUAUUUGUCAAACCUUCUGAUCGUUGUAGAGCUGGGGAUGGGAGGGGAGGCUAGUUAAAUUACAUUAAGAGAAUGAGGAAUGUUUUUGUAUUUGUCAGAUCAUUUAAUUAUUUCGGUCUUGUUAAUGUUUAAUUUUAAACACAGUGGUGGAGGUGUGCAAGAAAUUUAGUCAUUUUAUGUUGUUUUACUGAUAAAAAUAAUAACAUGUUUUUAAUUCUUAUUCCAUAAAGUGCUCAAAUUAGUCAUUAUGAAGUGGUUUUAUGGUAAAAUAACAAGCUUACUGCAGGUUUUUAUUAUGUUUGAAAUAUAAAGUUUAAAGGUUUACUAACUCUUAGAAUGAACAUAAACUUCAAGGUCUCAAACUUGGCCAAUAAGAAUAGGUAUUCAUCAGUAGACUAUGAUUUAAAGCGUUUUUGAAUAAAUACUUAUGAUUGUACCUGUUUAGUCCACUGAUGAAUAGAUACAGAAGGUAGUUAUUUACUACUAGUAAACCUCAGAACUUUUUAGAAUUUCUUUCAUCAGUUUGUGUAGCCUACCAUGUCAUUUUGAUUGUAUGGAUUUCUGUUAAUUAAAAGUAUUCUCGUAUAUUUUUGCAUAGAUCCCUACAUGAAUAAUGAUGCUUUCACAAAAAAUGAAUAUUUUGCUAAAGGUUUUAUUUUAAUUUUUUUGUUUUUAAGCCUGUAAAUAAAGUGUUGGUAAGAUUUGAAAAUUUUGAAUAAAUGAAUGAAGGAUUGAGAUUGUAUUUGUCUGUGUUUGACUGGGCUAAUUGAGACAGGUAAUACUUUGUAGUAAGAAAUGAGGUAAUUUUUACAUGGAUUUCACUUGGACUGUUGCACUUGUAAUUUCCCUAUUGUAACACUUGCUGGGUAUCGAUUAGCAAAUUGAGAUAAAUUAUUGAUGGCAGACUACUGAUUAAUAAUCAAAAUAAUUUAAUUGAGAAACCUUGAAAAUACUAAAUUAAAAACAAGCCAAAAUUCUUAAUUUCAUGGGUAAUUUUUGCGUCAUAGAAGUAUAUUCUUACUCAGUUAUUAUAGUUUAUUGUGGGUAUGUUAUGUGCUGAAGUGAACCUAUGUGGAACCUUGUUAAUGGGUACAGUAGAGAAAAUGUAACUUUGAUAUAAUCGAUUAUGAAAUUUGAUAAACAAUAACUGAAAUUAUAAAUUCCUAGCGAUGAUAAUCGAUUAUUUUGAUCAGUUUAACCAGCCCUAGUUAUAACAGAUGAUAAAUAUCAAUUGAAUGUUUGUAUUAUGUAUUUGUUUUGUAUAUAAAUGAAAUAAAUAUUUAUGCAAAAU